GAGUGAGAGAGAGAGAGAGAGAGAGAGAGAGAGAGAGCAUUCCCAUCCAGUGUGAAUGUAGAGAGCAGCACUGAUUGAACCGAAGAGCACGCGCGCUUUUCAUUUUCCGAACGCGCGAUUGAUUAAAAUCUCUCCGAUAAAUGGGACUCUGGACUAUUUCUCACCUCAUAACCUGCUCAUAAAGAGAGAUUAUGUUAACUGUGGUGUUCCAGUUUCCUCUCAUCGCCGUUCUUGCAAUAUCAGGUGUUAGCGGUCAGACUGUUCACACGGACAGGGACCGCUCAGGCUAUGUGGGCACUCAGGUGGAGCUGCGUUGUCAUUUUGCCAACAGUAAACCACCGGUGAAGAUCUCCCAGGUCACCUGGCAGAAGUCUUCCAAUGGCACCAAGCAGAACGUGGCCAUCGCCAAUCCGGCUCUGGGAGUGUCCGUGCUCCCAGCUUUUAAAGACCGGGUGAGGUUUAAGAACCCAGCGGUUCGCCUUAAAGCAACUUCACUGGAGGACACGACUAUCGUCUUCAAUAACCUGAAAUUGUCCGACGAGGCCACGUACAUCUGUGAAUACACCACCUUUCCUGCGGGUAACAGGGAGAGCAUGGUUAAUCUCACCGUUUAUGCCCGACCAAUGAUCCAGAUGAGCCUGUCCACACCCACCAUAGUGGCAGGAUCAAAAGAUAUGAAAAUGACCGUAGCAACAUGUGUCUCAGCUAAUGGGAAGCCUCCUGCUGUGAUCACAUGGGACACAGAGUUAGACGGUGAAACAAAGACUGAGGAGAUCAGGAACGCCGACGGGACGAUAACAGUGCGCAGCGAUUACAUCAUGACACCCAGUCGAGAAGCACAUGAGCAGCGACUUACCUGCAUCUCUACCUACAAUAACGAUCAGCAAACAGACAACGUUAUUCUCAACAUACAGUAUGAGCCAGAGGUGAGCAUUGAGGGUUUUGAUGGAAACUGGUAUAUGAAUCGAGAGAACGUUCAGCUAACUUGCUUGGCCGAUUCCAAUCCAGCCAUUUCUACGUUUCAGUGGAGAUUUCUAAACGGCUCCAUGCCGAGUACAGCCGAGCAACGUGGAGAGACACUAAUCUUUAAAGGCCCUGUAACGUAUGAGAUGGCAGGAACAUACACGUGUGAUGCCACGAACAGUAUUGGUACAGGCUCAGCAUCAGUCGAGGUGAUUAUAACAGACACCCCGCAGCCACUGAGCGCAGCCGAGAGGGUGAUGGGUGUACUCGGAUGGGUGAUCGCUCUUGGCAUUAUCCUCAGUAUAGCCGCCAUCGUAUUUGUGGUCAGCAGACAGAGGCAGAAAAAGCAGAGUGAAACCGACAGUAACUCGGCCGGCUCUUCUCUCGGCCGUAAAAAGCCUUCUUCUUUUAAAAAGAACCCAGCCGAUGACUUCCAGAACCAGGGCCAGAUAUACGACGAGCUUCCCAACAAAGCUGAUUAUGUCAGUUACCAUCUGGCGUGUAAUAAGGACGGCUAUCCAGAACAGCACUCUCCACCCAUUCAGCCACCUCUCACAUUUCUACCCCAGCACCCAUGCCCCCAGAGCAACACGUUCACGUGUCCUACAGCACCCAGGCCUAACACUUCAUACACCUUCCCUAAAGAACAGUUGGAUGUUGAGCUCUGAAAUGCCGAUAUCUCCAUGGAUUUUGGUAUGAAUAAUUUGCAGAUUAUAAUCAUAAUGUUUCAUUUAAGGAAUUAAAAGUGAACCUAUCUGAUAAAUUUGCUCAUCUGUCUCCAUUAUCUCAGACCUUGCUGCUGUGGCAUGUCCCAAAAUUAACCCAGGGUAGCUAAGGUGAAAAUUAGAUUUUUAAAAACUCAAGUAAAAUGAUUUAACUCUAGUCAGAAAUCUACCAUACAAUAAAACAUGCCCUCAUGUUCUGUAUACCGUAAUGAGAGUACAUAUUACUAGUUUAUUACUUUUCACCCUUGAUUUUAAUGUUGUGGGAAACAAGUUAGUUCCUGUUAUCACUUAGGUUAUAGCAGCUAUAAAUAGUUAUUACCUCACCAGCCUUUCGUUUCUCCUCCUUGCAGUUAAUAAAACAAUAUUGCAGCUUGUUCCUGAACAGCUGUAAAGUCCUGGAAACUUGGACACGUUCCCAUGUCAGUUAAAGUUAAAACUUAAAGUUACAGAUUUAACUCUGACUGUUAUAAAGCACUGACCUUCCAUAUGUGUUAAAUAAUCAUCUCCUUAAACUUCACUAUAUAAACCAUCAUCUGUAAAUGUGGAGUGUCUGUCAUACACAUUCCUGUGUAUGUUGUUGUUAUAGAAAAAAUAUUGUAUUACAACAUUAAUGUGUUGCCUUGCUGUUAUAGAAAAUGAAUCAAAAUCUUCUGCCCAAUCAGAUUUAAGAAGUCAGUAGCACUGUGGUAUAAACUCUUAAUGCCUAUUUAUUGUUAAUUUUGUACAUAUUCCUUAUGUGUAUGCUAGAUAUGAUUGUACUAAAAUCGUUCAUUUUUCAUGACAUCUAAGUUCCUUAUCUUUGUGAAGUUUCAUUUUUUAUGUUGAUAUAUUUAAAAAAAUA